UCAAAUUUGCCACUGAAAUAUGAUAAGUAACCUCUAAUUGAUUAUUGUGAUCUCAAAUAUACUAUUAUCGUUAAAAUACUUGUUUAGAUUUACCUCUCAAGUCACUUUUUACUUUGUCAAAUAUAAAUUGUUACUUUUAAAAAUUGUAGAGGAAGAAUUAGCGCGAGAAAUAUUGGAGGAGAGAUGAUUAGACAAGAUAUAAGACUGGUUUUAGUUUAUCAAGGACAUGAUCUUAUAUAUAGAAGGGUGUGAAGGACAUAUAUAGAUUAGAUAGAAGGUUAAUAGGUUAUAGUGUGUUGUCUUGUUGUUCGUUCAUAUUAAUAGUCGUAAUAUUGCUCCUGUAAUUUCUUAUCCUCCGAUUUUUAUUACUAUCUAUUAUUUCUCGUAGUUCAUAUUGUUAUUAUCUAUCGAUUCCUGUACUUCAUUUCCAUCAUAUGCAGUGUGAAACAUAUAAUGAAUACUCCUAUGUGCACAUCAUUGGGAGUAGGAAAGGUUCGUGGACUGAACAAGAAGAUUUUCACUUGAGAAAAUGCAUUAAAAAUAUGGUGAAGGAAAGUGGAAUCUUGUUCCUUCUAGAGCUGGUAAUUAAACGUUAUAAUAAUACUGCUAUUUUCCGAUUUAUCAUUCUUUCUUUCUUAAAUUUUAUGUUAAUACAUGCGAGUCUAAAUAGAUGUCGGAAAAGCUGUAGACUGAGAUGGCUAAAUUAUCUGCAGCCACAUAUCAAGAGAGGUGACUUUGAACCAGAUGAAGUGGAUUUAAUUUUGACGCUUCAUUAGCUCUUAGGCAACAGGCAAUUAAUUAGUACUUUAUAAUGUUUAAUACUUUAAUCUCAUAUAUAUUAGUUACACUCGAUUACAUAAAUUACAUUACUACGUAUUAUAUAACAUGUCCGUUCAUGCGGUACUAUAUGUUGUAAAAUGUGUAACCAUAUCAUCUAAAGAUUAUGUUAUUUCGUGUAGGUGGUCACUUAUUGCUGGUAGACUUCAGGGAAGGACAACAAACGAUAUAAAAAACUACUGGAUUACUCGUCUUCUAAGGAAGUUAAAUACUAAUAUUACGAAAAAUGAAAUAAUAAAACCUCAACCUCGAACGGUAUCAUCAAAUGCAAAGAAUGUUUCUUUGUGCAACAACAAAAGUAUGAUCACAAACACAUUAGAUAAAAAUGAUGAACAACGCAACAAAGAAAUCGUAGUAAAUAUUUGUGAGAAGCCAACGGGAGAAACAACAACAUUGCCAUCGUCUAUAGACGAUGACAGAGUUGAAUGGUGGACAAGUUUACUGGAAAAUUGUAAUGAAAUUGAGGAUGAAGAAGCAGUAGUAUUGAGCUUUGAAGAAGAAACUAAGUUAUUAUCAAAUUUGUUGCAUGACGAAAAUAAUAAUUCACCAAUCAUGCUACAAGGAGAAAGUGAUGGUUGGGAUAUUGACUUAUUAUGGGAUCUGCUUAAUUAAUGUCAUUAAUAUCUCUAUUAAAGACUAUUUAUAAUCAAUGAUAUUGUGUACUGUCUGAUGAGUCCUGUUAUUGUCCCUCAUUUUCUCUGUAACUGGUAAUUUUGUAUACUCAGUAACUUGAAGUUGUGUCAUUUUAUAUUAUAUAGAACGUAAUAUUUACAUGUUUGAUCAAGAGUUGAUGUGUAAACAUAUAAGCAUUCCUUUGAUAUAUCUGUUCGCGUUUGGUCCUAGUUCGGAGAGUUUCAUGAACAACAA